CAUUUUCUUGUUUUCAUUUUAACGCAACACAUCACAAUGUCUGCUGCUUCAAAAAUGCUUUUUCUCCUUGUAUUGAUCACACUUAUUCUGGGAUCUCAAAGCAUACGGAAAAAGAUGUCAUCUAAAGACCUGCCAGUAUUACCUUCGGUUAUAUCGAAGGAUGAAACACCAAGACAUCUUCUUAUUAAAGAAAAAGGUAAUUGUUAUCGAUAUGAGAGAAGGAUAGCAGUUGAUGGGUGCAACAUGUGUUAUUGUGAUCUUACUCACUUCAAGUUUACAUGUACAACGAGGGUUUGCAUCUAUAAUGCUAGAAUGAAAAUUCAGCCAGGUAAUCGAUGCUUCUUUCCAAGGGCUAUUUAUGUUGGGUAUAAGCAUACCUCAUGCAGAUGUGGUGAAGAAGGCGAGCUUUAUAAUUGUCUUUCAAGAUUGCCUUCUAAAAAAUCCUUGAUGAUUUCAAGUCGCCGUAACCCAUUACGAAUUUAACUUUAUAAUUUAAUUAUUAAUUGGUCAAGCGGACCACGAAAAAUAGUGAAUUUAUAAUUUAAUUUCUUUGAUGACAAUGAUACCAGAAAAAUCAGUUUUAUUGGUUGGUAGGUAGAAAAUGAAAAUAAGGUGUUAUAAAUCUUUCUAAUUGAACUGCUAAUUAUUAGAAUGACUGUUUUGAAUAUAAAAAUAGAUUUUUCUCCCUUUAUAUGUUCUCUGUACAUGUAUGUAUGCAUCACAAAUCAUUCUGUGUGAAAUAUGAAAAAAAUUAUGCUAAUUUUAAUAAAAAUGUAUUUAAAUAAAGAUGAAAUGCUGGUUCAAUUUGCCCAAAUUCAGUACCCGCUGUUGCAGAGUAUUUAAAAUGGUCCAUUGUAGAAGAUUAGGAUUAGGAAAUGACCAUUGGGGCUGCUGAAAAUAGGCCAAUGAGGUCAAAAGGUACAAAAAAAUUGUAUGCCACUUUUUCCUUUCUUUUAUCCACUAUCUUUCUUUCAAUUGUAUUGUACUGACAAGUACAUGAGUAAGCUAGGUUUACAAAAAAGUUAUUACACUCAUUUUUCGCGUUUUUGUAAAGUUUUGUGUAUUUUAACAUAGUAUGUUUAAAA